GGACAAAGGGGAGCACUGGGAGUCAGUAGGCACCGGGACCCUGAAUGCCUAGACAUAGGGAUGUCCGGGCUCCUCGUGCUGAUGAGGCUAAGACCAUGUGGAGUCCGACUUUUCUUCCGUGGGAUGGUGGAUACCACUUGUAUACCUACGGCUCCGUCUUACUUAUGAUCCUCAUUAUCUGGAAAGUGAAAAGGAGUUACCAUGGAUUGAGGCUGGAACCUAAAAAGUGCUGCUGCCAGCGACACCAAAAAGUCAAGCAAAGGGCAAGAGAUGCAGGAGCAUCAAGAGCUAGGGGGUGUUCCAGGAAAGAAGCUGAGAAGCCGAGGGAGCUGCUCUCUGUCAUGAAAAGCCAGGACUGGCUUCCUCGGGAGGGAGGAGUGCGGCGGCUCCUGUGUGCGGAUCCCUGCUGCAACACCUGCAAUGCUGUGGCUCUGGACAUCAAGCAUCUGCUGGAGGGUGGGAGCCUGACCUGCCCCUGUUCAGUGGGGCCCCCUCAGGGCUCCCCUUGUCUAGACAGCAUGGCCAUGCCUAGUAAGCCUGUCGAGCAGUGUCCAGAGCACCAGGCCCACUGCUCCAAACAGCUCCCUCUCCCACUGUCAGCCCCCGUGGCGGCACAAUUCUCCGACCAGAAAUCCUUCACCCGGUCAAUGGUCCAAUCACCCACUGCAGUCAGCAUCCACGAUUACUGGACUGAACACCUCCAGCUGACGCAGCAAAUUCAAGGGCCAGAGGUGCCCAGAGGACCAGAGAAUAUGUGUGUCUCCGUGUUGGAAGAGCCGAGGGCUCCAGUGACUCAGCAGCUGACGGGACAGACCAACUCCAGCCUCAGCUAUGAGAACCAGGGGCAGCAGCCCAUGAACUCCCAGGUCUCGCUGCUGACCGUCAACCAAGAGAUCACCACCGCCACCCUGACAGAUCCUGUCCCCUUGCACAUGGACACGGUCCUCCCUGCCAACUCACCCAUCCUUAGCCCUGACAUCCAGAGGCUUCUUGAGGUACAUGUGAAAAAAUGGAUGCACUUCCAGAGGUGGGGGCUCCCCAGGCGUGUGGAGGAGUCCAUGAGGCAGCACAUGCCCAACCCACCGCUGUUUUGCCAGCCUGAAAACAGCGAACCCGGUUCUCCCAUCCACUGCGAUAGUCCUAACUUCUCUGUUGAAAAUUUGGGGACUGUUUCCUACCAGACCUGGGGCUCAUGUCUGGCUGGCCAGGCCACCCAGGCCUUCUGGAUCUCUGAGUGGGCCAUCAACACCGCCGACCAAGGACACCGCUACCAGCAAGUCCCACACCAUCUAGCCUUGCUGUCUCCAGCCCUUAAGGACUUAAGUGGCCCCUGUGCACUGCCUGGGCCACAUGCCAGUGAGACAGUCGACCCCUGGCAGCAGAAAUACAGCCAGCUGUUCUGUGGACUCCCUUCCUUGCACAGCGAGUCCCUGGUGGCCAACGUCCUGGGCUCUCCCGGCUUCUCACUCAAAAACAGCAUGUCCAAGCUUCCCUUGAACGAUCCUUUCCCCUUCAAGGAGCUCUCUUUCCUUCCCUUUCCCCCUAAAACUCCACCCCAGCCAGCCCCACCCCCUUACCCAUCUUCCCCCAACCAGUCGGCUCCCUCUGACCACCCGCAAGCUCACACCAAUAUCCCAUUUCUGACUCGGGCCGAGUGUGAGGCCUUGGAGUGGCACGUGCUACAGAGGCAUCUGCAGCUUCAGUGGGGCUCGCCAGCUGUUUUCCAGAGGUCUCAGCAUGCUCUGAGCCCCGCUCCACAUAAGUCCUGGGACAGAGCCCCGUCUCCUGAGACACUGAAGACUUCCUGGCCAGGGCAGCCCGUCUCAGUCCUCACCAAGGACAUCCUUCUCUUCCCGGAGCAAGCCCGCAGGCUGCUGGAUUUCCACCUCCAGAGGCAGCUGAUUCACAACCGCUGGGGGCUACCCCAGAAGAUCCAGCAGUCCUUCCAGCUGCUCCUGUCCAUCGACCAGCAGCCUCUAGCCUGGCGCAGCGCGGCGCUAGCCAGCGAGGGUGUCUCCCGAGAGCCCGCUGGCACUGUGGGCCCAUUCCCGCCCUUCAAGGACCCAGUGCCAGUCCCUAUGCCACACUUGUUUGCGCAGGCCCAGGAAAUACUGCAGAACCACAUCGACUCCAAGUGUGGACAGAUUCAGCAGGAAAAGGUCCCGGUGGGUGUAGGUGGCUCCUGGGAAUGCGAAACUCCCGGGGGCCAGACCUGCAGCCCAGAAAGUGAGCCCUCAGAGCUACAGGCAGCCAGUGACCCUGACCAGCCACAGAAGGACUCGCCUCUGGCGCCAGACCCAACGCCGCUUGAUCAGCAGCAACAGGCUUCACCAGAAGUGGUCGCUGAACACCCUAAGGUGCCCCAAGCUCUGUCCAAAGGAGCCAUUGAGAAACUGGAGACCACUUUGCGGCACAAGUAUCUGGCCUUCUUGUCGGGGCUGCCUGCCCUCUAUUAUGUGGCCCUCUCCAUGGCCAUGACCCCAGAAACCGCUCCCCAAGAUGAAGCCACAGACUCGGGGCCCAGGCCUGCCCAAACCCCACCAGCACCUCUGACUCAGAUCACCUCGUCUGAAGAGCCGUGUCUGAGUCCCGAGCCGGGCUUCCAAGGUGCCGAGGAGACUAGUGAGGACGCGGCAGAGGAGGUCCAGGCUGAAGCGCACGUGGAAGAAACGGAGGAGCCGGAGCCUCUGGAAAGCCAGUCAGAGCCGCCGAGCCCCAUCGUGAACAAACUCAACUUCCACCUCAGAAAGAAGACCCUAGAGAUACAGCUAGGAAUUCCCACGCGGGCAAAGGAAUCCAGGGAACAUGGUGGAGCAACCUCAGAGAAUGCAUCCACAUGGGAGGCCCUCGCAAGUCCACACGACCAAAGGAACACGUCGCCGCAGGAGCUCCCCCUCCCACCAGACAGUCCUCGUACCCCAGAUCCAGGACGGCUCAGCCCUCGAGGCCAGCUGGCCUCCCCGUUACAGGCAGGGCAGCAGAGCCAGACGCAGCCGAGUUCCAGAGCUUCAUCCCCUGGCUCUGCCCACUGGGCCUCCAAGGUCGCGCAACCCACUGAGGACAUGACCAAGGCGCAGGUGCUUUGUGUCCGGCUGGAGGCCGGUGUGAACGACGGCAGCCUGGAGAAGCCCUGGGGCCCUGAAGCCCAAAGCCCAGACAAGUGCACAGACUGGGCCCCAGCCCCAGAGGUGGCAGAGAAGAGAGAGAAGCCAGGGAAGCCCAAACCGGCGGGGGGUCACGGAGAAGGGGAUGCGGGCCUCGCACUCUCCUCAACUAGAGAAGAAAGCCCCCACGCCGAGGCCCCCAGUCCAGUGAGGACGCUUCUGAGCAGGACGCGCAGCAGCCUCUGGCGACGCAGCCAUCGCUUUCACCUCGAUGCUUCCUGCCCACCCAGUCCCCAGCAUCGCCCUCUGCCCUGGCUCCCUGAGCAAGCUCCAAGAAUGCCCGGGGCGGGGGAAUCUGCGAAGGAUGACCCGCCACACAGUCCAACCAAGGGCGGUGUCAUCCUCAAGCCAGCAAGGAUGCCUCAGAAUGCCCGGCCUGUGGUGCCCCGGGCGUCGCAGGGCCCGCCCCUCCAGGGUAAGCUUCUGCCAGCCCAAACUUUGCAAGGGCAGCUUUUGCAGGGGCAGGUGAUGCCAGUCCACAGCCACAAGAGGCCCAGCCUUCCAGAAUCUGGCCUGAGAAAUAAGAUCAAGUCUUUUCUCAACUGUAUUAACCCCAAGCCAAAAGCCAAAGGGCAUGAGUACUCCAUGCCCUCCACAGUGCAAACAGUGGCCCAAGCCAGAAAAGGCAAAGCUGAAAAGAUCCUGGCUCCAGCCAAAAGCCCCUUGGGGCACAGCAAGACACAGAAGAUAAGAGGGGGCCCCAAGGCCACAGCUCUCCUCCCUGGGAAGCAAGCGGCCGCAGCCUGCUCAGGUGACCUCCUUUCCCCACACAGCAAGUUCCGGCACCGCCUCCGAACCCACUCCCGUAAGCCCCACUUGGCCUCGGUCCUGGGCUGCCCCCCAUACUGCCCUCGGCAUUGUCCCCAAGGGGUUAAUGCCACCCAACCAGGGAACCCACCCUGACGCUCUGCUCACUUCGGAGGGGAACCUGGGCUGCUCCAGACUCCCCAACCAGGGAUGUCUGCGUCCCUUGGAGAGGUUGCUACCGUCAGUUUUAGUAAUGUGCGGGAGGGGCGACCCACUCCACCUCAAAUACACUCUAUUCUCUAAGCAAACAGUUGUCUUCUGCUCCUUCUCUCCGCCGUGCCAAGUUAAGGGAAGGCAACGAGGAAGCUAACAUGUCCUCCCAACCCAGGAAAGGAGCUUUACCCCACACGCAAGCUGAC